AUGAGUGCUCCAUUUUACAGUUACGAUCCUUGCGUGUGUACUGGCAUGCCUUGUGGAGCUUGCUACCCAUUCUCGACUAAGCUUUGUGUAGGAUCACAUAAUGAUUUGCGUCCGUGCUCGGUUUGUCCAGGCGGAGGAUGUUCUCCUUGUCCAGCGCCUGUUCGUCCCUGUCCUUCGCCAUGCGUACAUCCACCCGUCCUACCUUUCUUGCCUCCUUACCCGCCAUGUGACAAGCCUUCAAAUCCAGUUCCAACUCCAAAGAAAAUGUGCAAUUCGAUAGCAAUUCCUUGCUGUAGGCCAAAUCGUUGUAAACCUUGUCCCUGUUAUUGCUGCACAGAACCUGGCAUUUGUUCAUCUAAAAAGUGCAGUUACCCAGGGGUUCCCGUAUGUGGUUCUAACUGCGGACCAUGCAUGCCUGUAUGGUAA